AGGAGGCGGACUCUGGGCCGCGGCCCCAUUCAUUGCCGCGGCCGGCCGGGCGGGGGUUCAGUAUUUUACGAGUUAUGGAGGCGCUAAUUCCUGUAAUCAACAAGCUCCAGGACGUAUUCAAUACGGUGGGCGCCGACAUCAUCCAGUUGCCUCAGAUUGUGGUGGUGGGAACGCAGAGCAGUGGAAAGAGCUCAGUGCUAGAAAGCCUAGUGGGGAGGGACCUGCUUCCCAGAGGCACUGGUAUUGUCACCCGGAGACCUCUCAUUCUGCAGCUAGUCCAUGUUUCACCCGAAGAUAAACGAAAAACAACAGGAGAAGAAAAUGACCCUGCUACAUGGAAAAACUCAAGACACCUUUCUAAAGGGGUUGAAGCAGAAGAAUGGGGUAAAUUUCUUCACACCAAAAAUAAGCUUUACACAGAUUUUGAUGAAAUUCGACAAGAAAUUGAAAAUGAAACAGAAAGGAUUUCAGGAAAUAAUAAGGGAGUAAGCCCUGAACCAAUUCAUCUUAAGAUUUUUUCACCUAAUGUUGUCAAUCUGACACUUGUGGAUUUGCCAGGAAUGACUAAGGUACCUGUAGGUGAUCAACCUAAGGAUAUUGAGCUUCAAAUCAGAGAGCUCAUUCUUCGGUUCAUCAGUAAUCCAAAUUCCAUUAUCCUUGCUGUCACUGCUGCUAAUACAGAUAUGGCAACAUCAGAGGCACUUAAAAUUUCAAGAGAGGUAGAUCCAGAUGGUCGCAGAACCCUAGCUGUAAUCACUAAACUCGAUCUCAUGGAUGCGGGUACUGAUGCCAUGGAUGUAUUGAUGGGAAGGGUUAUACCAGUCAAACUGGGAAUAAUUGGAAUAGUUAACAGGAGCCAGCUAGAUAUUAAUAAUAAGAAGAGUGUAACUGAUUCAAUCCGUGAUGAAUAUGCUUUCCUUCAAAAGAAAUACCCAUCUCUGGCCAAUAGAAAUGGAACAAAGUAUCUUGCCAGGACUUUAAACAGGCUACUGAUGCAUCACAUCAGAGAUUGCUUACCAGAGUUGAAAACAAGAAUAAAUGUUCUAGCUGCUCAGUAUCAGUCUCUUCUAAAUAGCUAUGGUGAACCUGUGGAUGAUAAAAGUGCUACUUUACUCCAGCUUAUUACCAAAUUUGCCACAGAAUAUUGUAACACUAUUGAAGGAACUGCGAAAUAUAUUGAAACUUCAGAGCUAUGCGGUGGUGCUAGAAUAUGUUAUAUUUUCCAUGAGACUUUUGGGCGAACCUUAGAAUCUGUUGACCCACUAGGUGGCCUUAACACUAUUGACAUUUUGACUGCCAUUAGAAAUGCAACUGGUCCUCGUCCUGCUUUGUUUGUGCCUGAAGUUUCAUUUGAGUUACUAGUCAAACGGCAAAUCAAACGUCUGGAAGAGCCCAGCCUCCGUUGUGUGGAACUGGUUCAUGAAGAAAUGCAAAGGAUCAUUCAGCACUGUAGCAAUUACAGUACACAGGAGUUGUUGCGGUUCCCUAAACUUCAUGAUGCCAUAGUUGAAGUAGUGACUUGUCUUCUUCGUAAACGGUUGCCUGUUACAAAUGAAAUGGUCCAUAACUUAGUGGCAAUUGAAUUGGCUUAUAUCAACACAAAACAUCCAGACUUUGCUGAUGCUUGUGGGUUAAUGAACAAUAAUAUAGAGGAACAAAGGAGAAACAGGCUAGCAAGAGAAUUACCUUCAGCUGUAUCACGAGACAAGUCUUCUAAAGUUCCAAGUGCUUUGGCACCUGCCUCCCAGGAGCCCUCCCCUGCUGCUUCUGCUGAGGCUGAUGGCAAGUUAAUUCAGGACAGCAGAAGAGAAACUAAAAAUGUUGCAUCUGGAGGUGGUGGGGUUGGAGAUGGUGUUCAAGAACCAACAACAGGCAACUGGAGAGGAAUGCUGAAAACUUCAAAAGCUGAGGAGUUACUAGCUGAGGAAAAAUCAAAACCAAUUCCAAUUAUGCCAGCCAGUCCACAAAAAGGCCAUGCUGUGAAUUUGCUGGAUGUGCCAGUACCUGUUGCACGAAAACUAUCUGCCCGUGAACAGCGAGACUGUGAAGUUAUUGAACGACUCAUCAAAUCUUAUUUUCUUAUUGUCAGAAAGAAUAUUCAAGACAGUGUGCCAAAGGCAGUAAUGCAUUUUUUGGUUAAUCAUGUAAAAGAUACUCUUCAGAGUGAGUUAGUAGGACAGCUGUAUAAAUCAUCCUUAUUGGAUGAUCUUCUGACUGAAUCUGAGGACAUGGCACAGCGCAGGAAAGAAGCAGCUGAUAUGCUAAAGGCAUUACAAGGAGCCAGUCAAAUUAUUGCUGAAAUCCGAGAGACUCAUCUUUGGUGAAGAGAACUAUGUCAUACUGAGACUUCACUGACUUGCUAGUUACUGCCUACUUGAGUAGAAUUUUAUUUAUGAACUCCUGUGUAUUGCAAUGGUAUGAAGCUGCUCAUGUGAAGACUGGCUAUAAACUGAAAAUUAUACUCUGUAUUGCAGAACGAAUCACACAUUUAAUCCAAAUAAUAAAUGGCUGUUUCUAAAA